AUGUCAAGAUCACCAUCUCCACCAACCAUCACCUUACAGCAAGACGAGAUGUCCGAAUCUGCUGACCACCUUCUCGAUGAAUUGAGCAAGAAGCUCGUUGACGAGGUUAUCCCAGUUGCACAAGGACAAGUUGGAAACCAGCAUUUCGAUGAGCCAAAAAGUCAAAAAACGCCACCGUCUUCUUUGAAUGACUCGUACGCUGAAGAACUACUCGAAGCGAAACUCAUCAACACUGAUGAGUCCAGCAAUACAACGCACAACAAAAUGAGCUUUAUGGAUAAAGUUAAAGACACCGCCAACAGCGCCUACGAAUCAGUUGAAAAUACUGCCGUUGGAGCCAAGGACGGAGUCGUCGGAGCAUUCAACACCGUCGGUGAAAAGAUUGGUGGAGCCUACGACAGCACCAAGCAAUAUGCUUCCGACAAAGUCUCUGCUGCCGGAGACUAUGCUUCUGAAGCCGGAAAGAAGGUCGGCGACGCUGAGGAUUCUAUGAUCCAAGGUGCCUACGAUGCCAAGGAUUCGGCUAAGGAAAGCGCUUCAAACGCUGGAAACAAGAUCUCCAAUGCGUUCACAUCGUUGAAGGAUUCCAUCACUGGAGACAACGCUCACAAAACCGGAGAGGCGCUCAAUGAUAAUUACGAAUCCGUCAAGGAAUCUGCUUCUGAGGCUGCCGACAGACUCAAGGAGCCAGCACAAAAUACCGCUGACAAUGCCAAGGAUCUUGCCAACCAAACAGGAGAGGAGAUGUCUGAUGCUUUCGAGUCUGUCAAGCAACUCACUUCUGACACUGCCGAAAAUGCCAAGGAGAAUGCCCAUGACGCUGCUGACACAGCUAAAUCGUACAAAGACAAAGCCGGAGAGAAGGCUUCGGGAAUCCUAGACUCUUUCAAGGCCCAUGCUAGUGAUGCUAAGGACAGCGUCGAGAACAAGGCUUCAGACGCUUACAACAGUGCCAAGGAUAAGGCUGGAGAUGCUUGGGAUUCCACCAAGGAUGCUGCCGGAGAUGCUAAGGAUAAGACCAAGUCUUUCACUGAAAAGGUCGGAGACAAAAUCUCGGGAGCUUAUGAUUCCGUCAAAGAAAAAGCUUCCGAUGUAGCCGACUCUUUCAAGGCCCACUCGACUGACUCAAAGGACAACGUUGAGAACAAGGCCGCCGACGCCUACAACACUGCCAAAGAUAAGGCUUCCGAUGCCUGGGAUAAGACCAAGGACAAGGCUGGAGAGGCUAAGGACAAAAUGGGAGACGCCUGGGACACCACCAAAGACAAAGCCGGUGAUGCUUGGGAUACCACCAAGGAUAAGGCUGGCGAUGGAAAAGGAAAGGCUGGAGAUGCCUGGGACACCACCAAGGACAAGGCUUCUGAUGCUUGGGAUACCACCAAGGAUAAGGCUGGAGAAGCUAAGGAUAAGAUGGGAGAAGCCUGGGAUCAUACCAAGGACAAGGCAGGAGAGGCUAAAGACAAAGCUUCCGAUGCCGCAGAUGAUGCUCAGGGCAAGUCUAAAUCGAUGACGGAGAAAAUCGGAGAUUCCAUCUCUGGAGCUUGGGAAUCCACCAAGGACACUGCUGUCAGCGCCAAGGACAAAACUGCUGAGGCUGCUGGCAAAGUUGGAGAUUCCAUCUCUGGAGCAUACGACACCGUCAAAGAAAAGGCUUCCGACAUCGCAGAUUCCUUCAAAGCCCACUCUACUGACUCCAAGGAUAAUGUAGAGAACAAAGCAGCAGAUGCCUACAACUCUGCCAAAGAUAAGGCCUCUGAUGCUUGGGACAAGACCAAGGACAAGGCUGGUGACGCCAAAGACAAAGCCGCCGAUGCUUGGGAUACCACCAAGGAUAAGGCUGGUGAUGCUUGGGACUCCACAAAGGACCACGCCGCUGAUGCCAAGGAUAAGGCUUCCGAUGCCGCAGGAGACGCCAAGGACAAGUCCAAGUCUCUAACCGAAAAGGCUGGUGAUGCUAUUUCUGGAGCUUACGAUUCUGUCAAAGAAAAGGCUUCCGACAUCGCGGACUCCUUCAAGGCCCACUCAACCAACUCCAAGGAUAACGUUGAGAACAAAGCGUCUGACGCUUAUAACUCUGCCAAGGAUAAGGCUUCCGACGCCUGGGACAAAACCAAGGACAAGGCUGGCGAGGCCAAGGACAAGGCUGGAGAUGCUUGGGACAACACCAAGGAUAAGGCUGGCAACGCUUGGGACUCAACCAAGGACAAGGCUUCUGAUGCUUGGGAUACCACCAAGGACAAGGCCUCCGAUGCCAAGGAAUCUGCUGGAGACGCUGCUGACUCGGCGAAGGACAAGUCCAAAUCUAUCACUGAGACAAUCGGUGAUAAAAUUUCUGGAGCCUAUGACUCCGUUAAGGAAAAAGCUUCUGAUGUAGCUGAUUCGUUUAAGGCUCACUCUUCUGAUGCCCAGGAUACCGUAGAGAGUUCCGCCUCCGAUACACUCGAGUCCGCCAAGCAUCACGCGUCUGAUGCUGCUGAUGCUGCCCAAGACGCUUUCGAUUCUGUCAAAGAGAAAACUACUGACAUGUGGGAUUCUGCGAAACAUCAAACUUCCGAUGCUGGAGAUUCUGCAGAAAAGCACUUUGAUGAUGCUGUCGACGCGGCCAAGGAUGCUUAUGAUUCUGCUAAAGACAAGACUUCGGAUACACUUGACUCUGUUAAGAAAGAAGGACAAGAAGCUUCCGACAGUACGAAAUCCCUCACUAGUGACGCUGGAGAUGCAAUUUUGGGUGCCUAUGAUGCUGCCAAAGAAAAGGCUUCCGAUGCAUGGGAGUCAACUAAGGAAAUGGUUUCUGAAGCAUAUGAACAAGCUGAGAAACACGCUGAUGAUGGCGCUGAUUCUGCUAAGGACUACGUCGAAGAUGCAAAAGACAAAGCUUCCGAUGUCUGGGAUUCUGCAAAGGAUAAAACGUCUGAUGUUUUCGACUCUUUAAAGGAACACGGUGAAGAUGCUUCUGAUAGUGCCAAGGACCUCGCAAAUGACGCAGAAGACGCAAUCAAAGAUACUUAUGAUUCGGCCAAAGAAAAAGCUUCCGAUGCUUUCGAUUCUGCAAAGGAACAUGGUGAAGAUGCGCAAGAAUCUGCCAAAGAAUAUUUCGAACAGGCUAAGGAAAAAGCUUCUGACGCACUCGACUCUGCUCAGAAACACGGAGAUGACGCUAAGGAAUCUGCUCAGGGAUAUUUCGAGCAAGCCAAGGAUAAGUCAUCGGAAAUUUGGGAUUCUGCCAAGAAGCACGGAGAGGAGGCAUCCGACUCUGCUAAAGAUUACUUUGAACAAGCGAAAGAUAAGGCUUCGGAUGCUGUGGAAUCUGCAAAGAAGCAAGGGGAGGAAACUUCCGACGCUGCAAAAGAACACGCUGAUCAUGCCAAAGGAAAAAUUGCCGAUGCCUGGGAUGCUACCAAAGACAAGGCUGAUGACGUGAAAGACACAGCUGGAGAAACAUUCGAGAACAUCCAUCAUUCAGCUACCACGGCUGUGGACGAGGCUAGAGAAAACGCUGCUGCAGCAAAGGACAAUGCUUCGGAAAGUGCAGAGUCUACUAAGUAUUCCAUCGUCGACACUGCCAAGGGUAUUGCUCAUAGUGCCGAGGAAAAGCUCGAGGGAGCUGCUUCUGUUGUUGGAGAUGCUGUUCAAUACGUCAAUGAUUCGGCCACUUCAGCUGUCAGCACCGUUGCUGACUCCGUAUCGUCCGCUGUUCACACAGUCGGAGAGAAACUUCACGACGCUGAAGAAGCUGCAUCAAAUUAUAUGCACGGAGCACAUAAAUCCGCAUCGGAAGCUGCCCAUGAUACUAAGGAAGCAGUUACAUCGAAGGCCGCUGAAGUCGAGAAGUCGGCUGCUGAUGCUGCGAAGAACACUGCCGAUGAAGCCAAGAAGACAGCCGAACACGUCGAGCAGAAGGUCGAUGAGAACUUGAAAACUGGAACUCUUCCAUCACCGAAAAGUGGAAAUACGGACACUCUUCGCUCGACUCGUUCUGAAGGAACCCCUAACAAGAGAAGAUGCACAAUCCUUUAAAAUAAUUAUUCUUCCCAUAUUCAAGUAUUCUCCCAGUGUUUUCUCUUUUCAUCCUGAUUCAUAUAAAUGUGCUUCUUUUUCAUCCCCAAGAUCUGGUAUAUAAAACAGUAAUUUUAUCGCUACCCUCUGCAUCCCCUCUACUACUGCUUCGCUAAAUUGUUGUUGAAUUGUUUCAAUCUUUUUGGAUUGCCCCGCCAACUAUAUUUACUAUCAGUUUCCUCUGUUAAUUCUUUGUUGUAGAAAGAAACAAUCUCCCUUCCCCAUUCCCAUCUGACAAAUAAUAUUUACCACUACCAAUAUUGUGCCUUUUAUAGGUUUCUUUUGCUUGCUUUGUUUUUAAAAAUUCUACCAAUUUUUGCUGAAAUUCAGCCAAUAUCCCCCUAAAUCGUUCAAUUGUUUUAUAAUUCGUGUUCAAUUGUAGUAAAAUUUAAAUAAUGU